AAAAAAUAUAUACUAACCGAUCGACCAACCAGAUGUUUGUCCGAUCCACCGCUGUUUUGAUGAAAAUCCAUGCUCUAAUCGAAUCUUCAUCUUCACAAAAAUAAAACAAAGAACUAGAAAUUAAUACAAUCAAAAACGCAAAUCGAAAAAUAAAAGCAUUUUGCUUUACAGUUUCAUAUACAACAAACAAGAACAUUCUUGAAUUCUCUGAUUCUUGCUUCAUUUCGAAUUCCUCCUCUUUUUCUCUCUUCUCUCUCUCUCUAGGGUUUGCCUCAUCUCUCUCGCUCACUGAUUCCUCGCAAACUGCUAUCGGAGGUUGGAGAUUUGUGAGAAAGUUGCUAAAUUUAGGAAGCCUGAACCGAGAUUACAAGUCAUCAGCUGACACCUUUGCUAGGAGGUUCUUCAUUGUUGGCGGAAAAAUAAGUUUUAACAGCUAGAGUAAAUUGUAUUUCUGAAUUGAGUAUCAUAAACUCAUAUUCCUUUCAUGUUACAUUCACAAGUUUUAUGCAAAUUUGGACACAGUGACUGCAAUCCUUUCUUGGUAGAUGCACUCGGGCAUAAAUUUGCUACUCAAGCAAAUAAUUGUUAUUUGUCCUUACUCUGCAUUCUUCUCCAGAUUUAGGAGUUGUUAUCAGCUUCAAGAACUGAUGUUUGGGUCUUCAGGGAAUUAAAGGAUGUUAUUUGAAUGGAUUUUGUCUUUGGUGUCUCUGAAAAGAAAGGAUAAAAUGGUCACAUUUAUUACAUUUCUCUGAAGUUUGUUGGACUCUAAAGUGAUUCUAUAUAACUGAAUGCUGGAUAAUAGUGCAUUUUUGUCUUUUGUGAUCAUAUUUGAAUGAUGGGAACAUGGUGUAGAGUUUUUAUGUUGGUUCCACUAACGACUGAGUCAGAAUUAUUGUUUUAUCGAUAUGCAGUUGGUUCCAUUUCUGCAUGUAGAGUGCAAAACUAUUGAUUUUGAAGAAUGGAUGACUACAGAGAACCUGAGAUUCUGCUUCCUAGUUGGAUCAGCAAGAAUCCAUUUGGGAUGGCUGAAUCUCGCCUCUUCGUUGUCUCUUGCUUUGUUGCUGGCUUAAUUGGGAUCCUGACUAUAGCCUACACUGCCUACCAAUGGAGAAGAAAUAUCAACUUGAGUUGGAUGAAAGCAAUAGCCAGGUCGAAGAAAAACCCAAAGGCAAGGAGUAAGGUUCCUGUUGUUCCUCAUACAUGGAUGUUGGAAUCCGUGUCGCGAGGAAAAAGUUUAAACUGCUGUGUAUGCUUAAAGUCGGUGUCCCCUUCUCAAGCUCUCGGACCGAUGGGGGCCUUAGACACGUUUAUACACCGCUGUAGUAUAUGUGGUGUGGCAGCUCACCUGGGCUGCUCGUCGAAUGCACAUAAGGAUUGCAAGUGUGUGUCUAUGGUUGGCUAUGAGCACGUGAUACACCAAUGGGCUAUCCGAUGGACUGAGGUCACAGAUCAACCUGAUGAAACCUCUUUUUGUAACUAUUGUGAAGAGCCUUGCAGUGGGUCUUUCCUUGGGGGAUCCCCUAUAUGGUGUUGCUUGUGGUGUCAACGGUUGGUACAUGUCGACUGCCAAAAUAGCAUAUCCUGCGAAACAGGUGAUAUUUGUGAUUUGGGCCCAUUUAGAAGGCUGAUUUUAUCUCCUCUUUUUGUGAAGGAGCUGAACCGUUGUUCCUCGGGUGGAUUUUUGAGUUCCAUAACCCAUGGAGCUAAUGAGAUUGCAUCUUCUAUGCGUGCUACUAUUAGGAGUCAAAGCAAGAAGCACAAGCAGGGAAAUGAAACCACUGCUGACACAGGUGAUAGCAGUAGCAUUGCUGACACAUCCACAGAAAGCACAUCUGAUACCCAUCAUACAGUUAACGGUUCUCACAGAAUGGAGGAAAGUAGCAACAGCAGCAGAAGUAUUGGCAGUGUGGAUGAGCAACACAAAGGCGAUACUGUUAAAAAAUUGGAUUCUAAACCUAGUUUAAAAAGAAGUUCAUCAAUUGAUCAAAAGGAUGAAUCUCAAACUGUGGGAUUGAAACAGAGGUAUGAGUUGAUUGAUUUGCCACCAGAUGCAAGACCCUUGUUAGUUUUCAUUAACAAGAAGAGUGGGGCUCAGCGAGGAGGUUCACUCAGGCAACGUUUGAACAUGCUCUUGAAUCCUGUUCAGGUUUUCGAGUUGAGUUCAACACAAGGACCAGAAGUGGGUCUCUAUUUAUUUAGACGAGUGCCCCACUUUAGAAUUCUUGUAUGUGGAGGAGAUGGUACUGUUGGCUGGGUUCUGAAUGCCAUAGACAAGCAAAAUUUUGUUUCUCCUCCUCCAGUUGCAAUUCUUCCUGCAGGAACAGGAAAUGACUUGGCCCGCGUUUUGUCAUGGGGAGGUGGUUUGGGUUCAGUGGAGAGACAAGGGGGCCUUUGCACGUUGCUGCAUCACAUAGAACAUGCUGCUGUAACCAUUCUUGAUCGAUGGAAGAUAGCAACUCUAAAUCAGCAGGGAAAGCAACUUCAAACCCCAAAAUUUAUGAACAACUAUCUAGGGGUUGGGUGUGAUGCAAAGGUUGCUCUGGAAAUCCAUAAUCUAAGGGAGGAGAACCCAGAAAAGUUCUAUAACCAGUUUAUGAAUAAAGUUCUUUAUGCAAGAGAAGGCGCUAAGACUAUAAUGGACAGGACAUUUGCGGACUUACCUUGGCAAAUUAGGGUGGAGGUAGAUGGUGUAGAGAUUGAAGUCCCUGAGGAUGCAGAAGGCGUUCUUGUUGUUAAUAUUGGAAGCUAUAUGGGUGGUGUAGAUUUGUGGCAGAAUGAGGAUGAAACUUAUGAUAAUUUUGAUCCUCAGUCCAUGCAUGAUAAGAUACUGGAGGUUGUGAGCAUAUCAGGGACUUGGCAUCUUGGAAAGCUUCAGGUGGGGCUUUCUCGUGCUCGAAGGCUCACCCAAGGGCAAUCAAUUAAGAUUCAGCUUUUUGCUGCAUUGCCUGUUCAAAUAGACGGAGAACCUUGGCUUCAGCAACCAUGUACAUUGGCCAUCUCUCAUCAUGGCCAGGUUCUCUCUCUCUCUCUCUGUCUCUCUCUCAAAUACAGCAUGCAAGCCCGUAAGGCACUAUUUAUCAGAUGUUGGUCAAAACCCUCUUCCUGUGGCCUUCAUGUUGAAGAGAGCAACAGAGGAACCUCUCGGUCAUGCCGCAGCCAUUAUUACUGAUGUUCUUGAGAAUGCUGAAACAAAUCGUGUGAUUAAUGCAUCACAGAAACGAGCUCUUCUUCAAGAAAUGGCGCUGAGGCUGUCCUAGAGUACUGCCUACGUGCCGACACUAGAUACCAUUCAGGGGUUGAGCUGCAGCUGUUUUUUGGCGAGUUUUUUUGCUUUCUUGGCUCUUUGUACAGUGUAUAUCAUCAUUGGUCUCUCUAUUUCAUGUGUGACAUCUUUUGAAACUUAACUCAAUGCUGCAAGUUCAACCUUGUGUAUAUGAAUCUUGAUUAAUAGCAAAAUUAAGAGGGGUUUUUAUUUUAUUUUUAUUUUUU